AUGAGGUUACCACUCCUUGUGAGCGCGCUUGGCGUGCUGUGCUGGGCGCGAGGCGGGAUCGCGCUCGAGUUGGGUCACAGUCUGUCUUUGAAGAAUACGCCGGACGCAAGUACACUGAACAUCCAAGUAGAGAACGACAAAAAUAAAAUAUGCAAAAAUGCAUUUCUGUACAUAAAUGUAGCUGAAUUGUUGUCUCAAAAUGAGGAAGAAUCCUAUGUGCAAAAAUGCGAAGAAAUACUGGAGACGAUAAAGAAUGAAAAUCCAGAUGAAGUAGCCGAUGCAGAGAUAAAUGAAUUUAUACUGAGUUUACUACACGCCCGUUCGAAUUACGCCAUAAUAAAUGAAGCAGACGAGGAAGUGUUAAGCAAGCUUCUCAGAAGUAUAAAUGGAUCCAUUAGUGAAGAACAAGCAUUAAAGAGAGCCAAACAUUUUGUUAUGUAUAACAAAUUUAUUAAGGACAGAACGAAUGUAAAGAAUGUACAGGAAAUGCUAGUCAUAAGUAGCAAGGAAGAUGAAUUUAUGAAUGAGCCAAAAAGAAUUAUGAUAGAGAAUAUCGUAAAUAAUUUUGAUAUGUUCCAUGAGUAUUUAGUAAUUUGGAUGGGAAAUGUUAAAGUGGGAAAGAGAUAUGCCGGACAGUCAUUUUUGUCUAUUAAAAAUAACGCCUUCUGUACAACGCAUAUUCACCUAUGUCAGAAAUUUUAUGAACAGUCCAUCAUAUACUAUCGGCUGAAAAUAAUUUUUGAUAAUUUGGUAACUUAUGUGGACGAGAAUUCAAAGCAUUUUAAAAAGGAUAAAUUGUUGGAACUGCUAGACAUGGACUCUAAGGUAGGAAAAGAGUCUCAGGUACACCAUAAUUACGUACUGGAAGAUGAAACGGUUAUCCCGAGUUUGUGGCUUACGGAUAUUAACGGUAAACACAGGGUGAUUGUCGAAGUGUCACAGGAUGGAAAUAAGAAACUUAUGCACGGCAAGGAUAUUAAUAAGAGAGAAGUGAGCCAGAAGUUCCUUGUUACGGUGAAGAACCUUCGCAGGGACCUCAAGGACGAGGGGCUUUACGCCGAUUUGAUGAAGACCGUCAAAAACUACGUGCUCUCCAUCACGCAGAUCGACAACGACAUUUCCAACUUGGUGCGCGAGCUGGACUACGAGGAUGUAGAGAAGUGUAAGCGGGAAGCGAACCCAUGCCGACAGGGCGGGUUGCUGCUCCUCAUCGACCUGAACUUCUUCCUCUACUACGGCUUCCUCAAAAUCGAAGAAGACAAGAACCUGGUCACCUUCAACGACGUGGCCCCCACCUUCACCAACCUGUACAAAGCCAACCACAUCCUCUUCCUCUACCUCCUGAAGACAGGCUUCGAGGAAAACAAAAACUCAGAAUAUAUGGCUUACAAAUUUUACAAAAACAUAGGAUAUAAAAAGGUACCCAAUGAGAAGGCCUACGCCAUAUUCAAAGCAAAAAGCUCCCUCACCAACCUCCCGAAGAUAUCCCCGGAAGCUCUGAAUGAGCACUUUCUGAGCAUCUUUCCCAGCACCCCCGAGAACUACACUCCUCACCCUACUGAGCUGGACAAAUAUCAGUUCUUCUUCAGUGCGGCGUUUAAGGACUGCAACAUUAACCAGGGCUACUCGCCCAAUUCGAAGGAACUCUGGAGUGAGCUGCUCUACGCCUUUGACCACUUGGGAUGGUUCUACGUCCCCCCACAUAGCAUCAUUUCGAGUCUUUCCAGAAUGAGCUUUGUCAGGCAAAUGCUGAUCAGCAGAAACUUCAUCCUGAAGAACAGUGAAGCACUGGCCUUUCUGGAUACCCAAGUGGCGAAACUCAUGGAUCUGAUCCACCUCUCCCUGGGGAUAGACAAAUCAAGAGACGUACUAGACUUUUCCAUCCCGAGCAAAUUCUUCCACUACGAAAACGACUACAACACUUUGAAGGAAAGCGAUAAGAAGAGACUCAUGUUCACAUAUGACUACGUUGACUCCAUUGCCAACAACUACUAUUUCUACCACGACGUGAAAUAUCACGUCUUCAAGACUGAAUACGAAAACAGAUUCUUCACGUCGUUUCCUAAUGUCUACAGUCUUGCGUAUCAGCUGUUCAACGAGCUAGCCAUAAACAUGAACGUCGUUACCAAUGCACCUCUAAAGAAGAAACUUAAGGACAAGUCCAAGUACGCCUGGUUCACCUUGCUUAACAUUAUUGGGAAGAACCACGACAUUUACUCCAAGGGUCCCCGCCUGGUCUUCGCUGCCUACAUGUUGGCUCUAGUCUACUUCAUCGAGUCGCACAUCGACAUAUCCCGCUACCAGCCAAAGGAGUACUACUUCAUGAAGCAGUCACUGCCGCUAAUAGACAACGUCCACAAGAGCGGCUUCAAUAUGCUGAAAAAAAGAUGUGACAUGCUCAUAAAUUUUAUGAAAAUAAACAAGGCGCCUCAGAAGUACCAACAGACGAACAUGGAGGAGUAUAUUAAGCUCAUGAACUUGACUGCCAUCGUUUUGUGGGGAAAGGAGAGUAAGAAGUCCGUGUUCUACGACGAUGACGUUAGUCUGUACAAGAAGCUCAUGAUUGCCUGUGUGUUCAACGGGGGCAAGACCGUGCAGGAGAAGGCCAUCGAGAGCAUCAACAAGUCGUGUGACGUGAAGUUCUACGGACUGAACCCGAACAGGCUAGACGAGUUCAUCGACAUCAACAUGAGUAUUAACAAGUGGAACCCAAUGAUCCUGGAGAAGCAAGCACAGUCCUUCGUCCUAAGUUGCAAAACGCAAAAACUAAUGUAUAACAAUAUCAACGUAGAGAAAAUAAAACUCGAUAGCUUCUACAAACUGGCAGAUGCACCAGAGAUGAUUAAGACGUACCAUUGCUUCAAAUUGGGACGACAAGCUGCAUCUCUGCUAGAGUCAAUAAUUUUAAAAAAAAAGUUCGUUCAGUUCAGAGUUAAGGACGCCAUGGAUGUGUAUGAUUUUUUCUACAUAAAUAAAGUUCUUUCCAACAAUGUCCACCGAGACUUCCAAACGUUUCUUAAGGAUAAGAAGGGCUAUGAGAAGAAUCAGAACGAAAUUAUCAUAAGCAACAGUCCGCUCGGCCCUGAGAAGACGAAGAAGCUCAUCGACGAACACCAGUGCUACUGGUUCAGCAGCUAUGACAAUUUCAAGGUUCUUUGGAUGCACGUGUCGAGUAACAUGGGAACCGGAACGUACUUGAAAAACUUCUUCUCCGAAAUAUGGCGAAACAUGCACUACAUAUUCAAGAGGAAGGCCACGGUGAAGGACGUGGAGUUCUUCUCAGGAGACCUACCCCAGAAGGAGCUGAUCGACUACUACUCCCCGCUGGUCCACUCGGAGUCACACUGCCAAGAGCAAACGCAGUCCCUUUUCAUAUCCUUAAGAGAUAACGAUGAGAACAACCGUAUGGACAUUCCAGACAAAAUAAAGAAAGCCUACUUUCAAUGCAAACUGGAUUACUACAAAAAUAAUCACACAGAUAAAACGCACUUAAUUAAACCAAGGGACUUCCUAGACCAAAAGGUGUACGUUCUGAAGCAGCCAUACUACCUCAUUGGCAACAUAGACAACACGCAUAAGAAUAAGUUACUUCGACUUUUCGUAACGGAAACCACACUGGAUUAUCUUCUCCUAGAUAAUAUAAACAUUCCCGAGUGUUUUGGACGUUGUACCGUCGACCAUUUCAGUAGAGUUGUUCUCCAACAAGAAAAGACGAACAAGCAUGAUCAGGUAAUAAAAAACGCAUUAAUACCAGAUAACACCGCUUCGAAGAAGAGAAAAGAAAUGACUGUAUAUGUGAGCAACAUUUAUGUGCACAAUAUAAAAACGGAUUACUUAACGAAGGAAGAAAUUACCAAAAAGGACAUUGAAGAAAAUAAGGUGAAGGUGUGUCUAGGAGUGGGUACCUACUUCAAUCAAAACUUCCUCACGGAGCAACAUUUCAAUUUAACCCACAAACCCGUCUUGGAUUUUGGAUCAGAGCACAAUUUUAAAGUUUUCCUGAAAAAGAAUGAAUCCCAGCUCUCCAAAAAUGAGAACGACAUUUGCUUCGUCAACUACACCUUGAACAUAACCAAUAUAGAAAUCACCGACCCGUACCGCGAAAUCAGCGAAGACUUAAUAAAGAAUUUGUACAUUUUAAAAAAUAAAUAA